AUGGCUCCCAGAAAUUUCAAGCAGGUUAAAGCAGUCUCUAAUGGACUUGAAGAGCAAUCAUCGAUCAUUUUCAAUCAUGAAGGCUAUGGAAGCUUAGCUUCUGAGGUGUCCCCUUUCAGGAUUCCAAGCGCGCCUAGGUUUUUAUGUGUGGCUGAGAUGAGCAGGCAGACUAUAAGCGUUCAAACUUUCACCCUGAACGUUGAUGAGUGUACUCUGUACUCACUAGUAGAACAUCUCACCCUGCAAGUCAUUAACCAGGUUAUGGCAGUAAAUCGCUACCAAUCUGGAAGAGUUAGCGCCUAUGAUAGGCGCCCGGCAGUUCGCUAUAUUGGGUACAGUGGGGGUACAACUAGGGGUCUUGUUAAGCCCGGCGCUAAUUCCUAUAACUUAUCUCUUCUGCUAGGCUGUCAUCCUAUGGUUCGUAAGGACUCUUGA